UUUGUGCUUCCUUUUCCCUCAGCUGUGACACUAUGACAUCAAGAAAGAAAGUUUUACUCAAGGUGAUCAUCCUUGGAGAUUCCGGGGUUGGGAAGACAUCUCUGAUGAACCAGUAUGUGAAUAAAAAGUUCAGUAAUCAGUACAAAGCUACUAUAGGAGCAGAUUUCCUGACAAAAGAAGUGAUGGUUGACGACAGACUUGUCACAAUGCAGAUAUGGGACACAGCAGGUCAAGAGAGAUUCCAGUCUUUGGGCGUGGCAUUUUACCGUGGUGCAGACUGUUGUGUGCUGGUGUUCGAUGUCACUGCCCCCAACACUUUCAAGACAUUGGACAGCUGGAGGGACGAGUUCUUGAUCCAGGCCAGUCCGCGCGACCCAGAGAACUUCCCGUUUGUGGUGCUGGGCAAUAAAAUUGACCUAGAGAAUAGGCAGGUAACAACCAAGCGAGCACAGGCUUGGUGUCAGAGUAAGAACAGUAUCCCAUACUUUGAGACCAGUGCAAAGGAGGCCAUCAACGUAGAGCAGGCUUUCCAGACCAUUGCACGCAAUGCACUCAAACAGGAAACUGAAGUGGAGUUAUACAAUGAGUUUCCUGAGCCAAUUAAACUAGACCGGAAUGAUAGAGCCAAGCCAUCUGCAGAGACUUGUAGCUGCUGAGGAGCUCCUGGGGACACUACUGUUCACCUUCACCCUCUUUGGCCUUGUCUCUCUUCCUCACUUCCUCUCUUUCUUUUGCGUUCCUUCUCUCUUUAUUUCUUUCCCUGCCCUUUACUCUGUAAUCACUGGCCUUUGUAGACAAGCAGAUGUCCUCUCAUUCAGUAUCCUACACAAUUUGCAUUCACAUUCAAAACACAACACACACACACACACACACACACUUAUGCUCAAGAGGCUAAAUCUGAUGCCCAAAGUAAUCAAGAAAACAUUUUCAUACACAAUCCCAAUACCACUGACUGGUUCUGCAGUCACCUCAAACAUGUAAAUGUUCUACUGAAACUCUUCACAAUACUUGAAUGACUUUUUAUAUUAACCAGUCCCAUAGUGUAAUUGGAAUAUGGGUAAUGUGAAUGCUGAAAGAUGGGGGUGUGUAUCAAAGCAUUAAAGCUGUUAGUUGGUACCCAAACUGCCCACCAUUUUCAAUUGCUUAUUCAUUUUGCUUGAAAUAAAGUAGCAGCAUGACAAAAAGCAUGCUACAUGCUUUAUUUGCACAUCUUCCUUUUGCAACAAUGAACUAGCAUUCUAGCUUUGUCCCAAAGCACUGGUCUAACACUGCCCUCACUCUAACAUCAGAGAACUGCAGCCAGUUAAUCCAGUGUACACCCAGUCGUGGUCCUCCUUUUAACCAAAAAGGAAAAUAAAAAUGAAUGGUCAGUCGUGCGAUAGGGGAUGGGGAAUUAAUCUCGCUACAAUUCGCACUUAUGACAUUUAGUAUGUCUAUUGUCUUUUUAUAUAUAUAUAUAGUCAUGCAAGAAUGACUAUAUCACCCCAAGUCUGCUAUGGACAAGUAGUGCCGUAGGCCAUCUCUUGUCUAUUUCCCCCCCAUAUCUUGCCCAGACUACCAGGAGCUCAGGAUGGUAGAGAAUUUAAGUGCUUUGUAUCACUCAGAUCUUUUCCUGUCUGUUUGUUGAUUAUUAUUAUCGUAAUUAUUAUCAUCUGCAUUGCAUAUACAAAUAAAACAACUAGACAACAAUGGGGAAAAACUGAAUUUUGACAUUUAAUGAAACAAAAUGCACAGCAUAUUCAUUGUACAAGAUAAAUGUAUUUCAAAGUAAUAAUGGAAAUAAAA